GAGAGUUUUACAGUGUGGAAGAUGGCAACAUUUUUAUCACAGCCUUAUGCUUCAUGUUUGGGAUCAGAAAAGAAUAGUGAUAAUAAACGAAUAAGUCCAUUUAGGCAUCUGGACAGUGAAAUCUAUUUUUAUAGAGAUAUAGAGUGUACAGAAAAAGAAAAGGUUAGAUCAGCUCAACAUUGUUUGAAGGUGUAUGAAAAGAGUACAAUUUCAUCAAGAGCAAGGUCUCGAAAAACUAUACGACAUCUGGAACAUGCUAUUGAAAGAGAUACAGAAACAAUAGAAAAAAUUCCCAGUCUAAACUGGGCUCUCGCUUUUGCACAGUUUUGUCAAAGUGAUAAGCAGUCUAUAGCAGAUUACAUCAAUGAACAGAAGGAGCUGUUUCUUUUGGAGUACAGAGUAAAAGUGAAACAAUGUACUAUGACACAGCUGGAGAAACUGGCAGCAAAAGAAGAGCGAAGGGCCAAAAUUGCUGAAAUGAAACUGGAAGAAGAUACACUUGCAUUUGAAGAGUUUCUCAGAGAGAAUGAUAGAAGUUCUGUAGAUGCCCUUAAAAUAGCAACUCAGGAAACAAAAUCUAAACUGGAACUGACAUCUGAGGUGAAUGCAGCAAUGAAUGAGGUGUUCGCAACUAAAAGUGACAUUGCAAUCACUGAAGAAAUUCUGAGGCAGUAUUUAUCUUAUGAAACAUUUUUGAUGAGCAUUUCUCCUCAAGACUGGCAAGAAAAGCAACUGGAAAAAAGAGGGAAAAUGAAACCAGAGAAGAGAAGAAUGUCAAAACCUUUACUUCCUCGUCAUGAAAAACUUGAUCCAAGAUCACAGCGCUGUUAUGCACUGGGCCGCAAGUUAAGCAAAGGCAUACCUGCUCCAGAAAGUCCAUAUGGAAAGAAUGUAUUAAAUAGAAAACCAUCUUCAUUAAUGGAUCAGGACCACAAAAAGAAACUUUCAGUAAGCUCAGUAACUGACUAUAGGUUUUUUAGAAGUGGAUCAAAAGGAGACACGAGCCGAAGACCAUCCUUGUUAGAAAGGAGAAGAUCUGUAUUAAGCUGUGCAAGUGAAAAAACCACUUCUUCAGAUGAGGACUUUUCCUUGGAAGAUAUACCAAGUGAUGUGGAGCCAGAGAUAUAUUUCAAAGACCCAGAAGAGUUACUUCAGAUGUUCAGAUAUCUUGAAGAACAAAAUCUUACACUAUUUCAAAACAUUCAGGACUUAGUUGGAACAAUGGAAGAUUGUCGACAGAGGGAAAGAAUUGUUAGAGAGCAAAUGGAACAAAAAAUAAAAAGCCUAAUGGAUGAAAAAGAUGCUAUUAUAGCUGCUUGCAAAAAGGAAGAGGAAAAAUGUGAUGAACUGGCAUUAAAAGCCAAAGUAUUUUGUGCAGGACAGUAUAAUCCAGCAGCCAUGGAUAAAAUUUUGGAUACGCUUAAUAAAAAAGUAGCACAAGUAUACAAAGUUUGUGGCGAAGAAUCUGAAGUAUCCAGCCUGCCUACCUUCCAAAUGCUGAAAGUAAUAGAAAUUAGAGUUUCACAAUUGUGUGAGAUGUUGGAAGCUGUUCCACAUGAAUACCUUGAUGUUAUUGAAGCCACUGAGAAGCUAAGGGUGAAAGAAAGACGGCAAAGAUUACGUGAAGAGAAAUUGGAAGAACUGAAGAAAGCUCAGGAAGAAAGACUGAAGCUUGCUCUGAAAAGAGCAAUUGCAGCUCCAAAGAAAAGGAUGGGUAGAAAACUGAUGUAUCGCUCACAACCUCCAGAGACUAAACAGGGAAAGGAACAAGCUGCAAAGGACACUACAAGAGUUGAAGAUGAUUACUUUUUCAAUUGAACUUCAUAACAUGACAUUCCUUUUAGAGAUAGGGCCUUACGUUGCAG